ACGACGACCAUUUGACUUCACCAAUGUUACACUUGUAAAGCGCAUAGCUCCUAUGUGUUGACGAAGCUUAUGAACGACGGAGCUUUGCAGGCCUCGAUGUAGUGCAGAGCCUCUGGGUGCUCUUCAGAGUAUUCAAUGGCGUCCUUGAUCAGUGGCACUGGAAGCGGGCGCUCGAUCUUCCCCAAAGGUCCCAGCUUCACCUUGGAGAACUUCUCGAAUAAAGACUUCAUUGUAAGGGACUUUAUCGAAGACCUUGCAGAGAGUGCAAUCCCCGUCAAUCGACGAUCAGGACCGGCCCAGCAGGCGUUCGAUCCGAAACCGUUAAUAAGGACCUUUGAAAACGCUUUAUCGCAACUUGCAAGCCUUUCAGAAGAACUAGGGGAAGUGGAAACCGACCUUCUUACAUCUGUACGGCGAGCGGAGAUACAACACGAUACAACACUAGAUACACUGGGAAGGAAGCUCGACCAGUCAAUAGAUUCCUUUAAUGCACUGGACAUCUCUCUCAAUCAACCAAACGGUAUCAAUAGAAUAGACAAGAACGGGCGCCGACCAUCUGAUGCGGGAGGGCUGAUUGCUGUUCAGAUCGGUGAAAGGUUGGAGGAGUUGGACAAGCAAAGACGACGGGCACUGGACGCAACUUUCUUAAUACAAUGCUGGAUGGAGGUUAGCGAAGAGGGCCGGCUCACGUCACUCGAUGAGAUGAUCCGGAGACAGAGUAGUGGGGAGAAUAAAGUCCGCUGCGCUGUCAUCGCGCGGCAACUGAUGAAGAUGAGCCAAAGAUUAGAUCCUGCCUCAUGGACCCAGACGAAUGGCACAAAGAAAGUCAAUGGAAUCACGAAUGGUGUUGUUGGUUACAGAGGUCAUAACACCAGGGAGCUGAUCGAAAAGUUCUCAGAAACUCUGGAGAAGGACCUCUUGAAGCAAUUCGAUGACAGUUACCGAAGGCAGAACUUCGAUGAUAUGUUGGAGUGUGCCAAGGUUCUGCACGAUUUCAAUGGAGGAUCAAGUGUGGUUGCAUUAUUCGUCAACCAGCAUCAGUUCUUCAUUGACCGAAGUCAACUGAUCACUGAAGAGGUCACAACGGACAAUGAAACUUGGGAAAAACUUGCAGAUCCGGAUUCGGAUCCCCCAGGUGUUGAGCCCAGUUUGCAGUCACUGAUCGACGAAAUCAGGGUAGUCAUGCAAGAUGAGUCUUUCAUCAUCAAGCGGGCUUUCCCCUAUUACGAAGUGGUCUUGACCAAAUUCAUCCAACGAGUCUUCCAGCAGUCGAUACAACAACGACUGGAGAUGGUCUUGGAGAAGGCCGAUACGAUAUCAUCACUCGCUUUUUUACGUUCAUUGCAUGCUUCGAGGAGUUAUAUCAAUAACUUGAUUGAGGAUUUGAAGACGCACGGCUUGACAGAACAUCCGGAACCGUGUUCAGCUCAGACUGCUCUCAGCCUGGACCAACAAUUAGAGGAGCUUUUCGUUCCGUACUUGGUUGGAAAUUCCUACAUCGAUCGAGAAAGAAAGAGUUUAGAAGAAUUGUAUUCUUCCUUGCUCUUCAAAUUCACAAUCUACCACUCACGGCGAAAGAAGACUCCGACUGGAUUCAUGGCAUCACUUGCUCAGCAGGGUACGCAGCUAUUAGCGACCGCAAAGGAUGCCUAUAUCGACCGUCUAGAUUCGUCAGAACUUACACCAACUCAAAAGGCCAUGAUGUUGAGAGUUGCUGGACUUCGCGACACCGACAACAACAAGAACGAGAUCGAGGUCUCGGAUGAAGAUGGAGUUCUCAGCGUCCCAAACUCUAAGCGUAUGCUCAAAUGGCUUGCGGAGGGGGUUCGACGAGCUUUGGAACUUGGUAGCGGCAGUGAUACUCCCAAGGACGUUUCUGCUCUGCUCAAUCUGCUGUUGACGAGUAUGGGUCAGGUAUAUAUUGAGACAGCUCUAGACGCGGCUGUCGAUCAAGCUACUGCGCAAGAAACUUUGAGAACUGAGCCUGAUAUGAGCUAUCUUCUUUCUUUGCAGCCAGCAAUUACAAUAACCAACAUUAUGUCACGUUUCAUCAACACCGUUUUGAUCCGUCUGGCCGAGUCAAACACUACAGUACGACGAGCAAUGGAGAUUCAGACGAAGUCUGGGGUAGAGAGGAUUGAGUCAAAGACCAAUAAUAUCAUGCGCAGUACGAUCGCUGUGGUCCUGAACUGGGUCACCAAACUGUUAGCAGGGCAGAAGAAGGCGGAUUUCCGUCCUAAAGACACCGAUCUCGCCGAAACACUGCAGACUGCAACAUGUUCCUCAAUUUGCGCUUUCCUCAAUCGAGUCAAUUCGCUCGUCUCCCAGGCAAUUGAUGGCCAGAAUUUAGAAGUUUUCAGCAGUGAGGUUGCGAUCAGUAUUCGAGAUCUGUUAUUUGAGCAUUUCAAGAAAUUUCAAGUGAGUGCUACAGGUGGUUUGAUGGUCACCAAGGAUAUUUCGAAAUAUGUGUCGACUCUGAAGACAUUGACCCUGAGCAAGGAAGCCGAAGGUGGUGUGGAGAUAUUGAGCGAAAUUGGCAACAUUUUCAUCAUUGGGCCAGAAGCUCUUCGUGAGAGGUCACGCAAUUUUGCACCAGGCGGUGCUGGAAAGAAGCUGCAGAAGACUGAUUUCAGGGCAUUCGUGAUGAGAAGAGAUGAUUCAGGAAGUGUAGGAAUCCAGAGUGUACUUGCUGGGCUAUGAUACCAAUUUUUUCGACACGGCAUUUUCCAAAAUAGGGCGUCCGGAGAGUUCGGCCAAGAUUGGGCAUUUAAGGAUGGACCUAUGAACGCUGGAUUUCACCUUGCAUGGGCAUAUAGUAGACCCGUGAAAUAACGAUGAUCUCAAAGCUUUGAUAUCCUUCAGAUCCUGUGAUCUUUUCAAGAGUUGUGAUUCCCUGAUCCCAAAAUCUCCACCUAAAUCCCAAUGCGCCGUAGCAAUGCAACGCCCCAGUUUGUAUUGUACAAGUCUAAUUGCUUCUCAGUACAAUUCUUCCAGCCCCAAGAUUCGCUAAGGAAGCUGAAAUCCAAAGCCUGCCAUACAACUCUUAUAUUUAUCGAUUGUUGAAGCGCAGUCUUUUUGGGGAUCUUUGGCAUUGCUGAAGAGCAUGCAUUCGUCUCGGAAAGCUUUCUCGUCUUUGCAUACACAGCAUGGCUAUUGAUUGUCAA